AUGACCUUCCAAGAGUGUCCACGAUGGGUGACCAACAAUACAGUUUGCGACGGCAUCUUGGACCGCUUCGAGCAGGCGGCGGUGCCCCUGGCCGCCCAGUACGGCGCCCUCCCCGUGGUGGGGAUCGGCCACUCCUGCGGCGCGUUGCUGCAGCUGCUCAUCACCUGCCUCUUCCCGGACACUCCGAGGGCGGCCAACGCCCUCAUCUCGUUCAACAACAAGCCGGUGUCGGAGGCGGUGCCCGGCUUCGAGGAGCUCGUGCUGCCGCUCGUCAUGCAGGUGCUGAAGGAGGGGGGCGGGCAGUCGACGCUGUUCUCAACGCUGGAGAUGCUCCGGGAGACGGUCGACAACCUCGUGGACGGAGUGGUCGAGUCGCGGUUUGCUCCGGCGGUGCUCGAGAACGAGGUGGUGCCCCUAGUGCGGCAAGUGCUGCAGAUCACCGACCAGCUUCCGGCCCUACUGCAGUCCAUCGCCGACGGGACGCGGGAGUUCACGCCUACGCCGGAGGAGACUCGCGAUGUGGUGUCCAAGAUGUACCGCGCGAGGCGGACGAUCAUGAUACGGUUCGAGAAUGACUCUCUCGACGAGAGCGAGGGCAUGAAGGACGUCAUCCAGGAGGGGAAGACCCUGCUCCGAAUGCGGCGGCCGUUGGUUGACAUGGAGCUGCGGUACGAGAUCAUCAAGGGCAACCACAUCACCCCGCUGACGCAAAACGUCUUCCUCAAGACCCCCGUGGACUCCAUCGAUCCCCUCUUCGGGGUGAGGCAGGGCAUGAAGAAGGAGUUCCUCAAGACGGUGAACCACCUGGGGCAGAUCCUCGUGGACUGGCUCGAGGAGUCGGCGCCGCCGGUGCCGCCUGGUAGCGGUGGCGGCGGCGGCGGCGGUAGUGGAGGCAUUCCUGAGGGUGUAGGGGAGAUGCCUUCGACCGAAGCGAGUGGGCGGAUGUGACGUAUAAGGCUAUGACGCACUAUCGAUAAUUGUGCAUUGGCAAUAGAGAAAGAAAAUUUGUGCUGGGUGUUUUUCCCCCU